AUGGACAUGUGCGGUGACCCAAGCGAGCGCGUGGACCCCGCGCGCGAGUCCGCGGUCGCGCGCGCGCGCGGUUUUCUCACGUUUCUCGCGAUGACCCCGGCGUUCGCGUCGAGUUUUCAACUCUCGUUGCUCUUCGCCCACGACGCGGUGCGGCUCGAUCGACGACGGCGGCCCCAUCCCGGGCUCGCCUGGGCGACGUUCACGACGAUCACGGCGUUCGGGUGUCGAAUGAAGCGCGCGCGUGGAAGUCGACGGCUUCGACGCGACGGCGACGGACGGACGCUGUAUCUGUGUAAUCAUCGGGCGUGGAGCGAUUUCUUCGUCGACGUGUACCUGACGGAGGGACGGGCGUUCAUGAUGUCGAGGAUGCUCGUGGCGGUGGUGUUUCCGUUGUUCAUGGUGCCCGCGAUGGCGUGCGGGUGCGUUUUUGGGUUCAAUAGAUCGGGGGGGGAGAAGGACAAGUUGAACGCGGCGCUGGACGCGCACUACGCCGCGUAUGAAGGCGAAUUCGAGGGCAUGGUGUGUUAUCCGGAGGGCACGAGGAACGUUCGAGAGCACUCGUUGCCGUUGAAGCGUGGGAUGUUGAGGUACGCGCACUCGCGGAAGAUGGCGGUGCAGGUGAUUUGUACGGGGAGAAAGGAGCGCGUGUUCUCGUCCCAUUUGAUGAGCGCCGAGAGAGGCGUCGCGCUGCCGACGUACUUCUCCGACGUCGUUCUCGCCGAGGAUCACCCCGAUUUCGAGGAUUUCUACAACAAAAUUCGAGCCGAGUGGGACGAGUCCUGGAGCGCGGUGAACGGGUUAUCUGACGCCGAGGUGGAGUCGCUUCCGGAUUACGUCCCGCGCGAGCGCUUGGUUCGCGCGACGGCGACGCACGACGCCGUCAUGCUCGGUGGCCUCGUCUGUCUCGCGCUCGGCGCCGCCUUGGUCUAUCGAGGUGGCUCCCGCGCGUUCGGUCUGCUCUGA